AUGUCGUCCACCACUUUAAUCACAUUCCUUGUGCGUGCUCCGUCCAAUGUCAGAUCAGUUGACUUGGUGGGAUCAUGGGACAAUUUUUCCCGCCCAUAUGCAAUGGAACGGGACAGGCGUAUGGGUGCUGGCCACUGGCGAGGUUGUCAUACAUUUACCGAUAUUGUGCGCGACGGAACAUCUCCGAGUCAAUCCCCCGGCCGGUCCGGAGGAUUGAAAAUGGGAGGCACUUAUUGGUACUAUUACCGUUUGGAUGGAGACGCUGAGUUUUAUAAUGAGGUCGAGCCCGUCACUUCUCUCUGUCCGCUCUUACCAGGCCAGCCCGUCAAUGUCCUGAACGUCCCGAUCAUUCUGCCUGAUACCGAUCACUUGCAUCGCCGUGACAAUAGCAUAAGCUCAGUCAAGUCGGAUCAGCGGACAAUGGAUCCCAAGGACAAAUUCAUGAACCCACGAACUCCCCCCAAGCCGAGGCCCGGCCUUCCGCGCUUGAAAACGUCUCCCGAGUUUUACCAGCAAGCAGCACCGUCGUCAUCGUCUUUCUUUAAUCUUUCCAACUCAAAUGACAAUCGGUCACCUAUGUCCCAGCCAGCUAGUUCAACUCACAGCCCCAUGUUCCGCCUUGCGCCUAAAGUCAAGGUUGCCAGGUCUGUGUCCCCCCCUCGGUCGAGAGGGCUGCGGGCCGCAUUCUUGAACAUUGCUGGUACUCGAUCGCCCGGUGUUGAUCACAGUGAUGAUUACAUCAACAAUUAUAAUAAUAACGCCUACCAUGAUCCUCAACCGGUUGUCAGGACGGAGCGAUCCAAUUCGCCCAUGCGACCACCUGUUCCGAUUUCGAUUCCCAGCUCCAAUAAUAGCUCGAAAGUGGCAUCACCAAUGGGUAGUCCAAUUGAGCUCGAUGGGAUGGAAACCAGAAAACUACCAUUCCGCCACCCACAGGUCGAUCAUGAACAAACCCGUGGGCCACCCUCAAUCCGGGUACGUCGCGCUUCAAAGUCCAGCCGGGAUAACACGCCUCUCCCGGAGCUUUCACUGCUCGGUUCUUCUUCUUCUCCGUCCUCAACCAAGACGGAGCUGUCUGGCUUCUCACGCCCUCCCCGACUCGAAACUCUUGAAGAGGCACUGUCUCAGCGGACUACACCGAUGGUACUGGAUCCGCAAAAGCUUUCGACUACGCCAAGUCCAAUAUCCACACCGGUGCUUUUCCACUUGCGGGAGAAGCGACUUCCGACACUACCGAACUCUCCUUCUUCGGUAAUGGACGCCGAACUACGCGCUAUUGAUGCGCAAUACAGACCGAUUGACAUGGAGCUGCUGCGCAGCCACUUCUCAGACGACACCUCUGGGAUUGCGUCGACUCUUUACAACUCUGAGUCGCAAUCUCCACAGGAGAAGAGCCGCUUCUCAGAAUGGAGCACCGACACUGAACUCGUUUCUCCGGCAUCUAUGACUUCCAGCUCCACCUUCAAUGCCGAUCAUCUUUCUCACUCUUCGCCGUUACUCAACCACAGUCAUCACACUGCCAACAACGAUAAUACCGGCAAUGCCGAGUAUGAUCGUGCUCUCGAAGCUCCCCUCCCGUCUAUCUCGGUCAGCGGCCCAACCACUCCAGUCCUCAGCAGCGAACCAGAAAUCAUUCUCUCUCCUAUCGAGCUAACCUCGGAUUCUCCUUUACUACCAUCAACUGCUGCCGUUACUAGCCCCAUAGACCUUGAAUUUUCCUCCAUCAAUUUUGAAGAGUGCGAUUACGACAAUAGGACCGAUUCGUUUCACGUAUCAGAUCCUAAACGUCAGGGAGCAAUUCUGCCUUUUCUCCGAGUUGUUACUCCGCUGUCUGUAUCUGCUCAUCAGACGGAGCAUCAGUUGAAGCGGUCCUCGGAGGAUUACACUGUGCAGUCGGCAGCUAUGAAAGAGUUGAUGGAAGAGAUUGGGUAUUUGGGGGAUAUGAUUUCGUCUGGAUUAUGA